GAGUCAGUGGUGGAUUCUGGGAGGUGUAGUCCGGGAGAGCUAGUAUUCUGGAGACGCUUCUCGGUGUUGGUGUUCGGUGGGCGUGGGAGGUGCGCUGACCGCGACAUAAACAGAGGCCUGAUACUACAUUGACAACAUGGAAGCCUUCUUUGGAACAUGGAAACUCGCCAAAAAAGUGAACAUUGAUGAAUUCAUGAAAGCAGUCGGUGCAAAACCAUCUGAUGAUUCUAAUCUAACUGAGACUGUUUACAAAGAGGGGGACUAUUUUGUCUGGAAAGUAAAGAGAGGCCGAGAAGGCAGAGAAAUAAAGUUCAAACUGGAUAAAGCGUUCCAGGAUGGUCUCAUAGAGGGGAGACCAUGUACUAGUACCAUAAGUUUUAAGGGAAAACAAGUGGUACAGGUGAAGAAAUGGGGUACUAAAGAAAUCCUAAUUACCCGUGACAUUAAUGCGAAUGUCAUGAUUACGACUCUGUCAUUUGCUGGUGUUCAAGGACAACGCAUUUAUCAGAAAGUUUAAUCAUUAUUCAGUGAUGGGAGCUGUAAAGCUUCUUUUUGAUUGUUAUCUGAAUAAUUUAAUCAUUAGUAAGAUAUCAAUGUGCAUACAAUUACACUGAAAUACUGCAAAUAAAAAUAUAUUUAAAAAUGUG